AUGAAAACUUUUUCUAUCAUAUUUAUUUCAUUUAUUUUCUUUUCGACACUAGUGAGAGCACAAAGUGAGACCGCAGCGAAUCCUGCCACCGCAGCGAGUCCUGCUACUUCCACUUCCGCACCUGAUAAAAUAUCACAAUGUCUUCAAAAUCAAGGUUGUUCCUACAGUGAUAUUAAUUGUGUUGCCUGGUGCGCAGGAGUUCCUAAUCCUUCACCGCAAGAUGUUAACGCGACUAAUGACUGUAUAGCUAGUUGUCCAAAUACCACCAAUGCAGGUUAUCAAUCAUGCGUAAGCGGAUGUAUUAAUUCACACUAUAAUCAACCUACUGUCUAUGGAACAAGUUCCGGAGCACCUCCCACGCAAACCGGAACUUACGUUGCGGUUUUCGUGCAGUUGGUCAUUUGGGCGACAUUAUUGUUAUUUUCCGAAUUUAUUCGUAGAAGGCACGUCCUUCCAUCCCCUAAUAUAAGAUUUGAAACUGGCAUCGCACCUCCCGAUUUUGCGACUGCGGAUCAAAUGGAUAAUCGCUAUGCAAAAGCAACAAAUGCUGCAAGGGAUUCUUUGUUGAUGCUUAUUAUCGCGACUAUUUUGACUCAAUCGGGUUAUGGCGCGACUGCGGCAUCCGUUAUUCUUUCUUGGAUCUUUUUGGCAAUAUCCACUUUUUGGGUUCUUUCCAUUUUAUUCUUUGACCACAUGUGGUUGCCAUUAAUCCUCGAAGCAAUGGCAUUUCCUUUCAUUUUAGCAAUUCUUGCUUUAGCAUUUCGUCCUACUGAAAAAGGAAAUCCCCUUCCUCUGAAUCCUCGUGCGAAAUUUAUUGAAUUUGGUCAUUGGUUGCAAUAG